CCGGACUGCACAGAUCAGCCGAGAGAAGGGUUCCGGGUGAGGAAAACCGUGUGCGGCGUCUGAAGACGAAGAGGGGCGUUUUAGGCACAAAAUUCCUCGUAUUUCUCUCAGAUUCCAGUCAUGGCAUGACACAGCCAGAUCUGAUGGUUAUGCGCCAGUUUGGAGCGGAGGAUGGGAAUUUGGCAGUGAUACUAGCGUGUAAAAGGAUUUAAGCCAUUUUUGUGAAUAUCUGGAAUCCACGGCAAUUGUCAGAGUGAAAGAACCUGAAGGAGUGAAGUCCCGAGACGAUGGAGUGCGUGGAGGACAGCAGAGCGGGCGAGCCUCGGCCAUCUUUUCCUUCUCACGCUGGUGCAGGCCAUGAUCUCAUCCUGACUGUAUCUGCUGUGAACAUUGCUUGGGCACAAAAAAAUGUGGAGCAGGUUAAGGAAUCCUUGAGAGAAUUUAUCUCCACAGUGGACGACCCAAUGACGUCUCUUCUGGACCUGCUGGACCAUUAUAGCCCAACUAAAGGAAAAGGGAACUCCCUGGCGGUUUUAAUUGCGUGUGAAUUUCAGAAAUGGAUAAAUGACCAUCUGGAAUGCCAGCAGUCUGGUUUGAGGCUGAAGAAGCUGCAGGCGCGCGUCUUCCCUUUGGUCGCUGAAGGGACUCUUAUGGACAUCCUUCUGUCGGUCUACAAACUGGAGGAAGCAGAGCGAUCCUUUGUGCUGGGGAACGUCACUCAUCUUCACCAAAUGGGAAAAUAUAAAGAGGCGGCCAUUUUGAGUAUACAUCUGAACCUACAGCCUGAUCUGGACCUGGAGCAAAUGUGCACGCCUUUGCUGCUGCUGGACAGAUUCAACCUGCUGGAGGCGUACGUGUCCGGAUACCCUGAGCUGCAGAGCCAGCUGCUCCAGAUGUUGGAUCGAUGGAGCGAUUCCAGUUUCAACCCCAGGAAACUUAGCAAACAGUACCAGGGUCUUCCGCCCAUUAAAGCAGACAAGCUGAAUUUGAAGACUCUGAGCAAGCUGGCGUUUCGGCUGCUGGAAACCUACAACCUGGACCCAGCCCUCUGUUCAAAUAUGAUAAACCAGCGUCACCUGGGCACCCUGAAAUAUCUCAUGUACAAGAGAUUCGUGGAGAAAACGAUGACUCAGGAGAACUGGGCCGACCAUGUGCAGAACACGGCUAAUGGGAAUCGCUGGUUGCAGGAGCAGUGUAUCGCACUCUUGUGUCGUUAUAGUGAUCUGCAGACGGCCGGGUUCUGGGCUCUGAAGUUCGGCAUGCCGAAGGAAACUCUCCCUAAAAAUGUGGCGGAUAUCCUCCAAGACCUUUGUAUUCAGGAGAAGCUGUCGGAGAGCGAGAAAAACCCUGAAGAUUCACAAGCCAGAAGAAACCACUUCUACCAGCUUCCUAUUCCCAGGAGCAAAGUUCAUUUCCUGCAGGAUCACACGGAGCUGUCCGGCUGCAGAGACGCGGUCCUGAAGGAUGGACAAGUCGUGGGUGUCGACAUGGAGUGGAGACCAUCAUUUGGUGGACUGGGGAAGCCAAAUGUGUCACUUAUUCAGUUGGCGGUGAAGGAAGAAGUUUUCCUGUUGGAUGUUUUACAAGGAAGUUUACUGCAAAGCAGCGAUUCAGUCGGGAGCUCCGAUCUCGUCACAUUAAUCAAGGAUCUGUUUUCUUCCACCAAAAUUACAAAACUGGGUUAUGGCAUGGUUGGAGACUUUCAAAGCCUGGAUGCCACCGACGCUGGAUUUAGGGGGCUUGAGUUACGCAACGUGGUUGACCUCUGUGAGGCACAUAGGCAGAUGCAGCGUAACCGCAGUCGGCCGAGAGUGGCCAGUGGACCAGUGGAUGUCCUGGAGAAUGCGUCAGGGGAUGACUGCAUCCGACAGCCAGAGAAGGGUCUGAGUUUGCUGGUAAAGGACGUCCUAGGAAAACCCCUGGAUAAGAAGCAGCAGCUAUCCAACUGGGACAAGCGGCCGCUUCGAGAAGAUCAGAUUAUCUAUGCAGCCGUCGAUGCCUAUUGCCUCCUGGAUGUGUUUGAGAUCCUCUGCAGUACCCCAGAAAAGUUUGGGCUGAAACCAAAUUUCUAUGAACUUCCAAAAGGCAAAACAUCGCCGAAGAAAGACGUACGAAGAUCCCCACGCCAAAAGGAGUCGGUGCUAAAGAACAAUAGGUUGAAAACUCCGCCGUCAAAAGAGAUCCCCACAGAGAGCUCUCCCCAGACAAAACCUCUGUCCCCCCGGGAGUUCAGUGUCAUCUGUGACAACAUGCUGCAGGGACUGGGACGUUACCUGCGUUGUUUGGGCGUUGAUGUGUUGAUGUUGGAGAACGACGACGAUCACAGGAAAGCAGCAGAGAUCGCCAGGCUAGAUGGGAGAGUCAUCCUUACCUGCGGCAUGCCCUACCAGACGCUCCGUUCACAAGUUGGAGAAGGAAGAUGUUUUUACGUGAACUGUUCAGAAAGAGCGAAAGAACAGGCGAUCCGGGUGCUGAAGCAUUUUAAUGUGCUUGUUUCCCACAGCGAUGUCUUCAGCCGCUGUCAGGUGUGUAAUUGUAACAAGUACCUGCACAUUUCCCGGGACAAGAUGAUGCAGCUCAUGAGACUCCGUGACUACCUGCAGGAAGUCCGAGAGACACAAGGUCCUCCGCCUGCCAGCCCGCCGGAGCGCUUAUUCCCCAGCGAAAGUUUGCAAUGGAUGGAAGAAAUGGGCAUCUCCUCAGAAUCUCUGCUCCUGGCCAACGGCACCCAACUCCAGCUGGACGCGUUGCCCGCAGGCCUCUUAGACAAGGUGCCCCUGUUCUUCUGCUGCAGUCAGUGCGGCAAAAUCUUCUGGGAAGGGUCACACUUUGGACGGGUGGUCUCACAGUUCAAGGAAGUGCUGCAAGACAGCGGGGAGUGCAUUUACCAGUCUGCCAGCCACCAGGGGCCAUGACUGGGACCUGAUGGGAUCAGACGUCUCUCUUCAGUUCCACCCUGAAUGGCAUGCUUCAGAUAAUCAAGAGUUAACGGUUAUGGCAGUGCAACUCUUAUUUCCACAUUUUUAAAGAUGAUUGGGGUGAUAGUUGUGGAAUUGAACAAAGGAGAAUAAAAUGGUCUUGCCCUUAGUAACCAAUCAAACGUCUCCUAUUGAUUUCUAAGCUGCUCCAGUUGGAAUGUGAUUGGUCACCGUGGGCAGUGACGCGCUCAUCUCUGUGAACGUCGGCCAUCUUUAUUGUAAUUUUAUUUCUGAUUUCCUGCUUUUAAUGAGCUGUUUUAGCAUUAUGCAAUCUCCUGUGAAUGGUCAUUCUUAUUUUUUUUAUGUAUAUAAAUAAAAAUAAAAAAAUAAUAAAAAAA